AUGGCAGAACAGAUCAGCCACAAGAAGUCCCUGAGGAUUAACAACUUAAACAAGGAUAGAAGGUUACUGUUGAGAGAGUUCUACAACUUGAAAAAUGACCCAAACGAGGGUAAACAAGACGCGAGCACAGAGGGUGAUACUAGCGGACGCCACUCCCGGGAUGAGCACGGUACAGAUGUAAAUGAAAGUGCAGAAGAAAAUGCUGACGAGCUGGUGCAGAAUGACGGUUUGGGAGUAGCUGUUGAGGACCGAAACGAGGGGAAACAACAAAUAAGCGAAGAGAUACAGAAGCUGCCCUUCAAGAGUCUUGUCCAGAUCCACAACAAGCUUCUAGGCAAGGAGACGGAGACUAAUAACUCCAUAAAGAACACUAUUUACGAAAACUAUUACGAUCUGAUAAAAGUUAACGAUCUUCUCAAAGAGAUUACUGACGCCAACAAAGAUCAAGUGAGCAAGCUAAAACAAACGGUAGAGACGUUGAUUAAGGAGCUGUGA